AUGUUGAAAGUAGAUUUUCAAAAAUAUCGUCAAGAAUUGGAACUUUGGUGGCCAUAUCAAAUUUUUGCAUUUUUAAUUCGUCACUGGAUUGCCAUUCUGAUUACAAUAGUUGUUUUAAUCAUACUUAAAGCCACUUUUAACAAUUUGAUUUUUCCAACUUAUUAUGAAUCUUUCAGUGAGUUUUUCCCUAGUUUUGCCACUAAAUUGUCAUCUCAUUUUUAGAAAAAGCUUUCGGAUUCGAAAAAACUCUAGCGAAUACGAAGAAAAUUCUCGAAGCAGACUAUGAGGAUUUAUGGCAUGAAUCGGAGUUUUGUUUGGCGUUUUUGGCGGUAACUUAA